ACACUUAAACGCGGUCGACCAUGAGUGGAGCAGAGCACAACUUUUCUGGCGCACUGGCAACAUGGAAGGACAUAAAACUGCAGGAGCUGCAAAAGACGCUGGACGCCCAAGGUAUCGAGAUCGUUGACAACCAGAAGGAAUCUGUACUGGGACGCAAGCAGCUUGCUGACCGCACGAAGGAGUUCAAGAAGAUCCCAGACGACGAGAAGCUGAAUUCGUUCAAAGGCCUGCUCAAAGCAUACCAGACAGAGAUCGAUAGCCUUACAAAGCGAUCAAAGGUCUCCGAGAAUGCAUUCCUCAACGUGUACAAGGUCCUCGCCGAAGCACCAGAUCCAUAUCCCCUGCUCGAAGCUGCUGUCGACCAAGCGGUAAAGGCCACAGAAGCAUACGCACUUGAGGCUGAAGUUGCCCGGCUGCGUGCCGAGAACACGGAGCUUCGACAGUCGUCCAGCGCUCUUGAUGCGCACGCUAUGGACGAACUUGUUGCGCAGAAGGAGUCUGAGAUUAAUGCUGCGGAACAGGACUUGCAACGCCAAGUUUCCCUAUAUAAGGACCAAGUGCGCGACCUCAGACUGUCGAAUGAAUCGAAUCAGGCGAAGCUUUUUGAUCACAGCCAGCGUCAGGACCAAGAGAUCAUAUCCCGUCUUGCAGAAGCUGACAUGAUCACGGUCGACCUGGAACGCGCGAAUAGCAGAGUCGCGACCGUCGAGCAGCGAAAUGAAGCACUCCGUGGAGAAAUCGAGGCAUUACGCACCGGUAGCGAGAGCAGUGAGCGCGUCAGAUCUCUAACAACUCGUCUCUCCGAGCUUGAGUCCGAGUGCACGCGACUCGAAGGCGCCGUUGACGUUGCACGAGGCGCUGCAGCCCAAUCACAGGAGCGGAUUUCAGAGAAGGCUCGCGAAGCAGACUUUGCUCGCGCAGAGGUAGACGCUCUCAAGGCCAAACUCAAGACAUUCGCCGAUUACGAUGAGGUGAAGCGAGAACUGGAGAUUCUGAAGUACGUUGAAUUCGCAGGUCUCGAUCCCGAUGAUGAUUGGUCGAGUCCUGAUGAAGACGAGGAUGGCGUGCAUCUGCCGAAUCCGAAUGCGGACAAGGCAAAUGUACAACAGGGCAAGAGCCUUGAGGUGCUGCUCGCGACUAAGAAUAAACGGAUAUUGGAAGAGUUGACUCGGUUUAGGAUCCUCCACACAUCACUUGAAGCUUCCCUCAAAAGCACGGAGGAUGAACUCGCAGAGACACACGCAGAACUUGCCAAGCAACAGGCACUAUGCGAGAAACUCGAGACGGACCUACUUGCUCUGAAUACCAACAGCGGGAGCGGGCCAAGAGAGGAGAGUGGAGAAAAUGUAGAGAGUGGGAUUGCAGGGCUCGGGCUCGAGCUCGGUUUACGGUCCAAGGACACAGCUGGCCCGAGCACAACACGCUCAACGCCGAUACCUUUCACGCCAUCUGCGGAUACGUCCAUCCUUCCUAUCGUGACCAGUCAACGAGAUCGGUUCCGACAGAGGAAUGCAGAACUCGAGGAAGAACUCCGCAAACACUACCACACCAUCUCAGAACUCCGCACCGAAAUUAAAUCCCUCCAAUCCGACAACCUCAAGCUCUACGAAAAAGUCCGCUACAUGCAAUCGUACCGCGAACAAGGUUCAGUAUCGCAGCUCGAUCCUCUCCCGCCAUCUUCCUCUUCCUCGGCGUUUAACGGAAGUGGGAAUGGAAGGGAUGAGCUGGGGAAGUGGGGCGCGAGGUAUGAGGAGGCUAUGAAUCCUUUUGAGGCGUUUCGCGGGCGGGAAGCGACGCGUGCGUAUGAGGCUCUUAACCCUGUCGAGCGAGGUGUGCUCGUGCUCACGCGUGGGAUUAUUGGGAACCGCCGUGCACGCACGGCGUUCAUCUUCUAUGCAGCGGCAUUACACCUCUUGGUGGUAGUCACGAUGUAUGAGUGUGUGUGGACGAGCGGGCAGCUGCAGGUUCAGCCGGGGCCCUACUAAUCGUGUUGGAGUCGUCUUCGAGUAUAUCUUUCUGGAGCCGCUUGGAAGCUCAUAUUAUUGAGCCACGUCACUUCAACGUUCAACACUCGGAAGGACAUAUAUGCCCACACUGCUAAUUAGAUUAUAUGCUGUAAAA